AUGAUAAAGGUUAAAGUGGAAGCUUUGAUUUGUUACCAUUGUAUUUUGAGUGAUAAAUCAAAGCAGGUUAAAAUGGAAUCCUUUAGUCUUCCGGUAACUUAUAUUGGUAGAGUAACAACACUAGAUUCAAACAGAGUUCAGAAAAUCCAAAGGGAGCUUGAAGAAGUAAUAAAAAUUGUUCGAAGUGAUAUCGAUCGUAUCAUUGAGCGUGAAGGUCGGCUGAAGAAUCUAACCGUACGCGCCGACGAGAUGGAAGCUCGAGCAGGACAGUUUUCACGCAAGGCAAUUCAAGUUAGACGUAACAUAUGGUGGCGUGGUGCACGUCUGACGAUUACCAUCGUUUGUACUUGUAUGCUCUUCGUCGUCGGUAUCAUUGUUCUUUCGAUAAAUGCGAAGAAUAAUAAUGACUCUCCGUAA